AUGGGAAUCGCACGCACGAAAACGAUAAAAAACAAACACUCGGCCAAGCUAGCCAACCUCCGGAACAAUAAGUCCUCAUCCUCGCAGGCAGAUGGAGGCAAUUUCGUGAGGGCAAAGAAGUCGGGCACGGGGAGCAACAAGCCACCGAUCACUUCGCAGGCCAAAGGACGCCCGUCAAUUUCGGACCUCCUUAAGAAGAAAAAGAAGAGAGUGUACACGGAAAAGGAGCUGGGCGUGCCCAAGCUCAACAUGAUCACUCCGGUCGGCGUCGAGAAGCCCAAGGGCAAGAAGAAGGGCAAGGUUUUUGUCGACGACCCUGAGAGCAUAAAUACUAUCCUUGCGAUAGUGCAGGCGGAGAAGGAGGGUCAGAUCGAGUCCAAGAUCAUGAAGGCGAGGCAGAUGGAGGAGAUUCGCGAGGCUAGGCGUAUAGAGGCCGAAAAGAAGGAGGCAGAGCGCCAGGCCAAGCUUGAAGAUACCAAGAACUCGCUGAGAAAGAAGAGGUCGAGAAACAACAAAACCCAGAAUGAGGGAGUGAGCGAACUUGCUGCUACAGGAUCCAAAGCGACUAAGGCAAAGAAGAAGAAGGUUUCUUUUGCCUGA